CGCCGGCGGCGCUGGCGGGCUGGAAGUGGCGUACGUGCAAAGCGGGCCGCGAGGGUGGCGCCUCCUCCUCGCCCCGACAGAGCGGCGGAGGCGCGGCGGGGAGAGGCGGCGGCCGCGCCGGCCCGCGGACUGGGCAGAGAGGCCGGCGGGGAGCGGAAGGCAGCCCCACCGCACCGCGCCAGCCGGCUGCCCGCCGCCGCUCUCCCCCCCUCGGCCGCGCACGCCGCCGGCGGGGCGGCGAUGAGGCGGCGCUAAGCGGCGUUAGCGGCGCAAGGGAGGGCGGCGCGGGCCCCCGCGGCAGCCCCGCGCCCGGCCGCCCCUAAGGAGGCCGCGGGCCGGCGGAGGGCGGCGGGGGCCGCGACGCAGCCGGGCGGCCAUGAUGCAGUGAGCGCUCCCUCCCCGCGCGGCCGGGCGGGGGCCCGCGUUAGCGCCGCUCCCGCCCGCCUCCUUACAUAACCCCUCGGCGGCGGAGCGGGGCUGCGGCGGCACCACCAGCACCAUGGCGAAUGACAGCGGCGGCGGCGGGGCCGGCCAGGGCGGCGGCGAGAGCAGCGGCGGCACCACCAGCAACAACAACAACAGCAGCAGCAGCGAGCGGGACCGGCAGUACUGCGAGCUGUGCGGGAAGAUGGAGAACCUGCUGCGGUGCGGGCGCUGCCGCAGCUCCUUCUACUGCAGCAAGGAGCACCAGCGCCAGGACUGGAAGAAGCACAAGCUCAUCUGCCGCGGCGGAGGCACGGGGGCGGCGGCGGCCGCAGCAGGGGGCGCUGCCGAGCCCCGCGGCGGGCAACCCCCGCCGACCCGCGCCCACAGCGCCGGGGCCGCGGCGGGAGGCGGCAGCCGGGCGGCGGCGCCUGGGGAAGCCGGGGCCGCGGCGGGGAAGGGCGCAGCCCCGCCGCCCCCGGAGCCCCCCGCCGAGGCCGCCCCGCUGACCGACAACCAUGUCGCCGCCGCCGCAGCCGCCGGCGGUGAGGCGGAGGCCCCGGCCGCGGCCCAGUCCCCCUCGCCCUCCGGGGAGGCGGUGCUGCUGUACCGGGACAAGUCGAACCUGUACCCGGGCGGCGUGCAGGCGGGACCCGGCGGGGCCGCCCUGCGCCCCAACGGGCAGACGAAGUGGCUGGUGCCGCAGCGGCUGGCGCUGGAGUACAUCGUGCCCUGCAUGAACAAGCACGGCAUCUGCGUGGUGGACGACUUCCUCGGCAAGGAGCUGGGCGGGCUGGUGGCCCAGGAGGUGCGGGCCCUCCACCACACCGGCCGCUUCACCGACGGGCAGCUCGUCAGCCAGAAAAGCGACUCCUCCAAGGACAUCCGCGGCGACAAGAUCACCUGGGUGGAGGGCAAGGAGCCGGGCUGCCAGACCAUCCGCCUCCUCAUGAACAGCAUGGACGAUCUCAUCCGACACUGCAACGGCAAGCUGGGCAACUACAAAAUCAACGGCAGGACGAAAGCUAUGGUGGCUUGUUAUCCAGGCAAUGGAACAGGAUAUGUGCGCCAUGUUGAUAAUCCAAAUGGAGACGGAAGAUGUGUUACGUGUAUAUAUUAUCUUAAUAAAGACUGGGAUGCCAAGGUAAGUGGAGGCAUCCUUCGAAUAUUUCCAGAAGGUAAAGCCCAAUUCGCUGAUAUUGAACCCAAAUUUGAUAGACUGCUAUUCUUCUGGUCUGAUCGCCGCAACCCUCAUGAAGUACAGCCAGCAUUUGCUACAAGGUACGCAAUAACAGUGUGGUAUUUUGAUGCAGAUGAAAGAGCACGAGCUAAAGUAAAAUAUCUAACAGGUGAAAAAGGUGUGAGGGUUGAACUUAAUAAACCUUCUGACUCAGUUGGGAAAGACGUUUUAUAAGCCUUUGAUUUAGCAACUCCCCUUGCUAUUCUCCCUGAUAAAUCUUGAUGCUAUCUAUUAACUUUUGAAUGUGAAUAACAAGAUAAAGGAAAAUCAACAACAAACCAACAUUUUAAUAAAGAAGCAAACAGUGUUUCAAUGUUGCAUCAAAUAGAAGAUUCUUUGACUGCUGAAGCAUUGUACUAUGUGAUUGUGACUCCAGGCCUGUGACUGCUUAUGUGAAGAAGAUAAGCAAUCAGUAAGAAACAGCAUAUGCAUCUGGACAUAAAUAAGUGCCCUACAUAGAAUUUGUCCAUCCUUAUAUUUUGCAAGACCUGUCAUCCAGCUGAAUCCAAUUCAUCUCUCCCUUUUUUUAUAUGGUAAAAGUUUGAAUUUUGGGUAAUUUUUUGUAUGACCAGGUACAGUUUAUCAAAAUUGAGUCUUAAAAAAAAAAAAGAAAAACUGAAAAAAAAAGAAAAAAAAAUUACAGUAUUCUCCAAAAUAACAUGGAUCUAUUUUUGUAAAACUGUUCAUACUGUUCUCCUCUGCCAUGAAAGACCUAAUUUAAUGUAAGGGUUGCCAGUAACUGAUAAUCACUUUAAUUUUCUUUACACCUUAAGUCAGAAAAGGAGCACUUUAAUUACCAGCUAAAAACCUGAUUGUUUUAUAUCAUAUCUCACACUAAUCUUAACUUUUAAAGAUUGCUGCUGUAUUGUUUUUUUGACUAUGUCCUCUUGAACCUUAUUAACAGAAGCAAAUCAGUAUCUUGCUAUUAGUAACAUUCAGUUUGUGGUUUUGUAUGUUGAAUCCACAGAGGGGAAGUUCCCGUCUAUUCUUUGUUUGGGUUUUUUUUUUUUUGGUUUGGUUUUUUUGGGGUUGGUUUUUUUUUUUUUUGGUUUGUUUGUUUUUUAAGUGACUGGCACUAAGUGAACUUGACACUAUCGGUUGCUGUCAUUGGCUUUGGGGACCUGGUAAAUACCAUCAAGUUGCAAGAAUAUACAAGGGCUUUCCUAGGCUAUUAGAGGUACCCAGAACCUCCUUAUGUACUUGACAGAAAAUUUUGAGCUUUCUCCCUUUUCUAAAGAAUACUUGCCACCCCCCUUUCCUUUGUAUAUAAGUUAAUAGAAUAUCUAAAAUUCACUUUUUUUAAGUUUCCUUUUCAAACGUUGGUGUCCCGUGCAGUCUGCAAGUUGACACCUUGAUCUAUUAUAUAGUAUCAAGGAGAUGGUCAGCACACUGAAGCUGAAGUGCAUCACUGUAGGCUCCUUGUGCAAUACAUCUUUAGGUUUUCACUGUGCUGAAGGAUUUCCCCAAAAAGGCACUGCCCUUUGAUCAAUACUGAGGUAUAUAUUUAGUAAGAAAGCUUUUAUUUUCUUUGACAUUGUUUUCAUUUUAUCAAGGGAAGGGGACAUCACAGAAUAAAAGUGAGAUGUGUAGAAACUUUGAUAUUCUUAUUUUUAAGAAGUGGAUGGUUUGGACACUGAUUGAAUUUUUUUCUUCUUCUUCUUUUUUUUCUUUUUUUUUCCCUGAGCUUUAAAAGCUUGAGAAAACAAAAGCAAACCUAUAAAAGACAGCAUUCAUAUUUACAGGAGUUUGGGGGUUGAUCAGCUUACCCACUGCAGUUUUCUAUCUGUCCCUUAUUUCCUUACUUAGCCAAAACAAUGUGAGUGUACAGAAAUAUUUCUGUAUAUAUUACAACUUGUGACAAUUUUAGCAUCUGUAUAGUUUGUAUUCAAUUAGAGACCUUUUCUAUGGAAAGCUCAGUAAUUUUUUAUUAAAAAGAUUACUAUUGUUCAUGUAAAACAUGAAAAAGCUAAUUGUUUAGUAACAAACUGACAGAAAGGGGAAAAAAUUCAGUAUCGGUAUAUCACUUAGGAGAACCAACAGAAAUCCCAGUUUUGUUUUGAUUUUGCUUUUCCUUUUUUUUAGAGAGUUCUUGCCCUUUACAGUUCUCUUCCUCUUUCCUCUUUUCUUCCCAGAAAAACAGACAGGAUACCUUUACUGUAAGUGCCUCUGCCAACCUGGCCAAGGAGUGCAAAUCUUCAUUACUGUCUGGUCUGCAGUGCAUUUAGGCUACCAGUGAAACAAGCAAAAAAGCCACCUCUUCCACUUCAUCUUCUUUAGUACUACUUUAACGGAGGUUUGGUUGGUUUUGUUUUAGAAAUGUAAGCAUAAGCCUUUAAACUCAUUUCAGUCCCUCUGUAAUUCAAACUUCUGCAGUUACAUGGCGUAUCAAAUUCUAAUCACACUGUAGGUUUGUGCUUGCCAGACAGGUUUAAAAAGUGCUUAAUUUUUCACUCCAUGUAAGUCGUUACAAUAGGGUCAACAAAUCAGGUCAGCCAUUUCUUCCAUGUCCUUUAGAAACUGUUCAUUUCAUGUCGGUUGAAUAUUCAGUCUUGAGCAUCACCAAGCAGGUCGUUGUUUUAAAACUAUUUUUUAAACUGUCUUAUGAUCUGUAUGUGUCUAGUCCUGGUUAAAGAUAAAGCUUCAUAAUGCUAUUUUUAUUCAUGGUGUUAGCCGGCUGUAAAAUACGAGACCUUUAUCUAUAGCAGGCAAAGAAAUUCAGGAUUCAUUUACAGGUUGCCUAUAAAGUUGUGUAAUUUGAAAAGCAGUGUUCAUUAUGAAAGAGCUCUCAAGUUGCUUGUAAAGCUAAUCUAAUUAAAAAAGAUGAUGUAUAAAGGUUCUUGAAA